CGCACGAGUAAAACCCUAGAUCCCACUCGGCCGCCACCCUCAAGUCUCCAACUCCUACGGCCUUCCCUCCUCCGACCGCCGCCGCCCUCAACCUUCGUCGAGCUCCAAGCCCGGCCGCCGCCACCUCCGAAGUCCACCCGGAAGAAAAUGGUGAGAGUUAGUGUGCUAAACGAUGCCCUUAAGAGCAUGUACAAUGCUGAGAAGCGCGGCAAGCGCCAAGUGCUGAUCAGACCAUCAUCAAAGGUCAUAAUCAAGUUCCUGAUCGUCAUGCAAAAGCAUGGAUACAUCGGUGAAUUUGAGUUUGUUGAUGAUCACCGUUCAGGCAAGAUUGUUGUUGAACUCAAUGGGAGACUGAACAAGUGUGGCGUGAUAAGCCCACGCUUUGAUGUUGGGGUGAAGGAAAUCGAGUCCUGGACCGCGCGGCUGCUUCCCUCACGUCAGUUUGGCUACAUUGUUCUCACCACGUCUGCUGGCAUCAUGGACCAUGAGGAGGCUAGGAGGAAGAAUGUUGGAGGGAAGGUCCUUGGCUUCUUUUACUAGAGGAUCCCUCAUCCAGUUAUUAGAUUAUCCCAGCAACUGUUAAGUGAGAGAGCUGUAGUUUCGUAGCUGCGUAGAAGCUAAAAACCUGCUGAAUCACUUAUGUCUGCAUUACCUCUUUCUGGAUUGUGAGUCUUGGUGCUUGGUCACCGACUACCAGGUUGCCCCCAUUUUGGCCCUUGCAUCAGUCGAACUAAAGCUGCUGUGUACUGCCGUAUGUUGGUUCUGAAUUCUGAUGCUCCUGCAUACUACAAUUAACUCGCAAGAAAAUGCCCGAAAGCUGUUCUAUUGUGUUGUCUGAAA